AUGGUCUUCCGGCAAUUCUCAUUUCUGUUCUUUUUCUGUUUCUGUCUGCUUUCUUUUUCUUCAUCCAUACCUCAUCGGUGCCAUGAAGAUGAAAGUAUUUCCCUUCUAAAAUUCAAGAAAACACUUACUGUAGAUCCUUCAUCAGAAAGGUGUAUUUCCUACUGUUAUCCAAAUAUGAGUUCAUGGAACAUGAGCAGAGCUUGUUGCUCAUGGGAUAGAGUCAUAUGCGAUGAGAUGACUGGCCAUGUCAUUGAACUUGGCCUCUGCUGUAGCCGUCUGGUAGGAAAGAUUGAUUCCAAUAGCAGCCUAUUCCGACUCUCUCAUCUCCAAAGGCUUGAUCUUUCUUGGAAUAACUUCUUAAAUUCUCACAUCUCUCCUGAAUUUGAAUUUGACCCAAUAAGAGAGCUUGAUCUUACUUACGUGGACAUCUAUUCCACCAUUCCUCUGAAUUUUUCUUCUCAUUUCACAACUCUGGGGCUGGAAGACACAGGAUUGUACGGGAUAAUACCUGAGAGUAUUUUUCACCUUCCCAACCUGGAAAUACUUGACUUAUCCAGCAAUUAUCAGCUAAGUGGUUAUUUUCCAAAGACCAAAUGGAACAGCAGUGCAUCUCUCGUAGGGUUAGAUCUCAGUGGCGUGAAUUUUUCUUGUAAUUUGCCUGAGUCUCUUGGAUAUCUAAUAUCGGUACAUUCUUUGUCUCUUGGAAAUUGCAACCUUAGAGGACCUAUUCCUGAAUCUAUUUCGAAUCUCACCCGCAUAGAGUCUUUGUACCUUGAUGGUAACUCCCUGAAUGGAACAAUACCAUCAGGGAUGUUCUCCCUUCCAUCACUAAGUUAUUUAAGCUUGGGUUCUAACCAAUUUUCUGGUCAGCUUGAGGAUUUCAAGUCCAAUACACUAGUCUGGAUUCAGUUACAGGGCAAUCGGCUGCAAGGCCAUCUUCCCAAGUCAAUUCAAAACCUUGUGAACCUAAAAUAUCUUGAUCUUUCUUUCAAUAAUUUUAGUGGUAGUGUGGAUGUCAGCCUCUUUUCAGACCUCAAACAGCUUUCGUAUCUUAGUCUUUCAUACAACAGUAUCUCAUUGACUAAUGAAAAGGAAGUUAAAUCUAGUUUGCCGGAGUCACUUGAGUACUUACGUUUGGCUGCAUGUGAUGUGAAAGAAUUGGAGUUUCUAAGAUCCGCAAAGAAGCUAUCUGACUUGGAUCUUUCAAAUAAUAAGGUUCAAGGAAGAGUUCCUGAUUGGGCAUGAUCUACUUGGAAUUUUUCAGUGUCAA